UAAAGCUGGCGCUCCGGUUUCCUGGUGGAGAAAAUGGCGGCUCCUGGACCGGGGGAGUAUUUCAGCGUUGGGAGCCAUGUCUCCUGUCUCACCUGCUUAGGGCAGCGCCUGCAAGGAGAGGUCGUGGCCUUUGACUAUCAGUCCAAGAUGUUGACUUUGAAAUGUGCUUCCUCCAGCGGAAAGCCAAACCUCUGCGACGUAGUCCUGAUUAACCUAGCCUAUGUUUCGGAAGUGGACAUAAUAAAUGACCGGACAGAAACUCCCCCACCCCUAGCAUCAUUGAAUGUUGGCAAGCUUGCAAAUCGAGCACGGAUGGAGAAGGAAGACAAAAUGUCCCAAGCUUAUGCAAUUAGUGCUGGAGUUUCUGUGGAGGGUCAGCAGCUCUUCCAAACUAUACAUAAAACCAUCAAAGACUGUAAAUGGCAGGAGAAGAACAUCAUUGUGAUGGAUGAUGUCGUUAUCUCACCGCCUUACCAGGCCGACAACUGCAAAGGCAAAGAGGGAAGCGCUUUAAGUCAUGUACGCAAAAUAGUUGAGAAACACUUUAGAGAUGUGGAAAGCCAGAAGUCCGUGCAGCGUUCACAAGCACAGCAAACACAGAAGGACUCUGCUUUAUCAUCCUGAGCUGGUGCAGCUACCUGGCAACCCAAGCAAGAUGACAAAGGCAGUCUCCCCCCCCAGUCCCCCUCCCAUUUCCAGACAAGGCCGGCAUUCCUCAGUCUCUGCCUGGGGCCGUGAGGAUGGCCAGUGGUCUUGAAGACCGAAAACAUUAAAAAGACAAAAAAAAAGAUAAAGUAAAAUUCUCAAAUUUAGAAUUUUAAAAGAUAAUUUAAAGAGAGAACAAGCAUAACGUUUAACUAACUUUGUUUGUCCUGCCCUGGCUGAAUAGCCGCCCUCCUGCCCAUUCUCUGCUCUCUCCCCUGCCCAGUCUUCAAAGAAAAGAAAGACCAUUCAAAAAUGUUAGCUAUGUGUUCUUAUCCAUGUUCCGAAAAUUUCUGUAUUUUGAACAAAAUGUGACUUGAAAUACCACACUUGAAAAAGGACAUUUUCUAAAAUAAAAGUAACAGAAAUUCUGACUGUAA